AUGUGGGCGAGAGAGGUGGAAAGUGCUCAACCUCGGCCUUUGACCGGAUCAGAAGGUCACCAUCGGCAGAGAUCAGAUAGCCUUCGACCCGCACUGUAUUGGCGUGUUUUCAACCCCGCCGAAAGAGCAAUUGCAGGUACAAGAAAAUCUUUACAAACUCAACAACAACUCAAGCGAACCGUUCUAUCUUCUAUCAUGGGGCUUGGGUUCAUUUCACAAGCGCCGCUAGUCAUCGGAAGCCGCAAGCAAAAUCUCUCCACAUGUCCGCGGCCACGCGUAUAUACUGCGCGCCCACGGUGGACUGCGGCCGUCGAAGCACAACCCGAGACUGAAACUAAGAGCGCAAGCGAGAUGUCGGAAUCCGCCACCAAGUGGCCCGAGGUGCUGUCCGUGGAGCAGGUGAUGAAGAUCCUCCCCCAUCGCUAUCCCUUCCUGCUGAUUGAUCGAGUCGUCGCGUACGAGCCCGGGAAGCGCGCCGUCGCGAUCAAGAACGUCUCUAUCAAUGAGCCGCAUUUCACUGGCCAUUUUCCGGAUAGACCGAUCAUGCCAGGCGUGUUGCAAGUUGAGGCGCUUGCGCAGACGGGCGGCAUUGUCAUGUUACAACACGAGGAGAAUCCCAUCAAGGAUGGUAAGGGCGAUUUCUUCUUUGGUGGCGUGGAUAGAGUCAAGUGGAGGAAGCCUGUUGUGCCAGGCGAUACCCUGGUCAUGGAGAUGACGCUUGAUUCAUUCAAGCCGCGGUUUGGGAUUGCGAAAAUGACUGGAAAAGCAUAUGUAGAUGGAAAGUUAGUCGUUGAAGGUUCAUUCACGCUAGUGAUGGUGGUGAACAAGUGA